UCAACAGUGAGGAUGUUGUCUCUACACGGCUGUACUUUGUGAACGCCUCCCUGCAGCGGGUGACCUUCUCCAGCUCGGUGGGGGUGUCCCUGCCCUGCCCUGCGGGCGGCGCCCCCCAUGCCGUCCUGCGCUGGUACCUGGCCGCCGGAGACGACAUUUACGAUGUGCCCCAUAUCCGCCACGUGCAUGCCAACGGCACCCUCCAGCUCUACUCCUUCUCUCCCUCCGCCUAUAACAGCAUUAUCCACGACAACGAGUACUUCUGCACUGCUGAGAACCAGGCAGGAAAGAUCCGAAGUCCCAGCAUCCACAUCAAAGCAGUGUUCAGGGAGCCCUACACAGUCCGUGUGGCCGACCAGCGCUCCAUGCGGGGUAAUGUUGCUGUGUUCAAGUGCCUCAUCCCCUCAGCUGUCCAGGAGUACGUCAGUGUGGUGUCUUGGGAGAAAGAUACUGUCUCCAUCAUCCCAGGCAAUCGUUUCUUCCUGACCUCAUUUGGCGCUAUGUAUAUCUCAGAGGUGCAGAAGGAAGAUGCUCUGUCCACCUACCGCUGCAUCACAAAGCACAAGUACAGUGGAGAGACUCGCCAGAGCAACGGAGCCAGGCUCUCUGUUAUGGACCCUACGGAGUCCACCCCGUCAGUGCUGGACACUUUCCAGUCCGGUGAGGUGCAGGUGGGAAGCAUUGUGGAACUGCCCUGCGUCGCAUCGGGAUACCCCAACCCCACCAUCCGAUGGCUCAAGGAUGGUCGGCCACUGCCCGCGGACUCCCGCUGGACACGGCGCAUCACGGGCCUCACCAUUUCAGACCUGAGGCUCGAGGACAGUGGCAACUACAUCUGCGAGGUCACCAACAGCUUUGGCUCCAAAGAGGUGACGGGUCAUCUCAAUGUCAUAGAGCCACUGAGGGUCACCUUGUCCCCCAAGAAUCUGAAGACAGGGAUCAGCAGCACAGUCAUCCUCUCCUGCGCCGUCCAGGGUUCCCCCCACUUCAUUGUGUCCUGGUACCGGAACACAGAACCCGUCAUACCCGAUCAGCACUUUUCCAUCCAGGGAGCUCACAAUGAGACAUUGUUCAUUUCCGCUGCACAAAAGAGACACUCGGGAGCUUACCAGUGCUUUGCUACCCGCAAGACUCAGACUGCCCAGGACUUCUCCAUCAUACUGCUUGAAGAUGGCACCCCCCGUAUUGUUGCCUCCUUCAGCGAGAGGGUGGUGGUCCCGGGUGAACCGUUCUCCUUGAUGUGCGCCGCCAAGGGAGCACCUCCUCCGACCAUCACCUGGACCCUGGACGACGAGCCCGUGGCCCGAGACCUGUCGCGCGUCAGGGCCAGCCAGUACACGCUCUCCGACGGCAGCACUGUCAGCCACGUCAACGUCAGCAGCCCGCAGAUUCGCGAUGGAGGAGUGUAUCGGUGCGCCGCACGAAACUCGGCCGGUAGCGCCGAGUACCAAGCGCGCAUAAACGUAAGAGGUCCCCCAAGGAUACGGCCCAUGAAGAACAUCACGGCAGUGGCAGGAAGAAACUCUUUUAUAAAUUGCCGGGUGAUUGGGUAUCCUUACUACUCAAUCAACUGGUACAAGGAGGGACUUCUGCUGCCUGAUAACCAUCGACAGGUGGUGUACGAGAACGGGACCUUGAAGCUCAGCGAUGUUCAGAAGGGGAUGGACGAGGGGGCCUACGUCUGCAGCGUGCUCAUCCAGCCGCAGCUGUUCAUCACGCAGACCGUGUAUGUCACUGUCAAAGUUCCUCCACUCAUCCAGCCAUUUGACUUUCCUCCGACUUCCAUCGGCAAAUUGAUGUACAUCGCCUGCGUGGUGUCGUCUGGAGACAUGCCCAUUCGCAUCACGUGGCGCAAGGACGGGCAGGAGAUCGUAGCCUCCUCGGGCAUCACCAUCGACACCAAGGAGUUCAUGAGCUCCCUCCAGAUCUCCAAGGUGUCGCUCAAGCACAACGGCAACUACACCUGCAUCGCCAGCAAUGACGCUGCCACUGUCAGCACAGAGAGGCAGCUCACAGUCACUGUGCCUCCUCGAUUUGUGGUGCAGCCCAACAACCAGGACGGGAUCUAUGGGAAGGCAGGGAUCCUGAACUGCUCUGUUGAUGGAUACCCUCCUCCCAAGGUCAUGUGGAAGCACGCCAAAGGAACCGUCGCAGGGAUCGGGAACCCGCAACAGUACCACCCUGUGCCUCUGACGGGCCGCAUCCAGAUCAUGACUAACGGCUCGCUACUCAUCAGACACGUCCUGGAAGAGGAUCGCGGCUUCUACCUGUGUCAGGCCUCCAACGGGGUGGGCUCGGACAUCAGCAAGAGCAUGGUUCUCACCGUUAAAAUCCCGGCGAUGAUCACCAGUCACCCCAACACCACCAUGGCGAAGAAGGGUCACGUGAAGGAGCUGAACUGCACCGCCAGGGGAGAGUGGCCCAUCAUCAUCCGCUGGGAGAGAGGCGACACUGUCAUUGACCCUGACCGCAACCCCCGGUACUCCAUUACCACCAGUCCCAACGAGAAGACCGACGAGGUGUUGUCUACACUCAGGCUAAAGCCAGCCGAGCGUGAGGAUUCAGUCUUCUUCUCCUGUCAUGCCAUCAACUCUUACGGAGAAGGACGAGGCCUUAUCCAGCUCACCGUGCAAGAGCCCCCAGACCCACCAGAGCUGGAGGUGCGAGAAGUGAAGGAUCGCAGUAUGAACCUCAGGUGGACACAGAGAUUUGAUGGGAACAGCAUCAUUACUUCCUAUGAUAUUGAGUAUAAGAACAAGACAGAUACCUGGGAGCUGAAGCACGCCACUCGAAACAUCUCCCCCUCCAACAAUCAGGCCAACAUUGUGGACCUUCACCCCGCCUCCGUCUACAGCAUCCGCAUGUACUCCUACAACGCCAUCGGAAAGAGCGAGGCCAGUAAGGAGCUCACCAUCAGCACAGAGGAAGCGCAGCCGGACGGUCCUCCAAUGGAAGUGAUCCUGCAACCUGUGACCUCUCAGAGUAUCAGAGUCACCUGGAAGGCUCCCAGGAAAGAGCUGCAGAACGGCGUGAUCCGCGGUUACCAGAUCGGUUACAGAGAGAACGGCCCCGGUAGUAACGGCCAGUACAGCAUUGUGGAGAUGAAGGCCACUGGAGACAGUGAGGUCUACACGCUGGACAAUCUGAAGAAGUUUGCUCAGUAUGGCGUCGUCGUCCAGGCCUUCAAUAGAGCCGGCACAGGGCCCUCGAGCUCCGAGAUCAAUGCCACAACAUUGGAAGAUGUGCCCAGCCAGCCGCCUCAGAACGUGCGAGCCAUUUCCGUAACAUCAGACGAGGCAGUGAUCACAUGGGCGGAGCCGCCCAGACUGACACUGCACGGAGUACUGAAGGGAUACCGCGUCGUGUUCUGGGCGGUUUUCCCGGAUGGAGAGUGGGGCGAAAUGCAAAACAUCACAACCACCAGAGAGCAGGUGGAGCUCAGGGGCCUGGAGAAGUUCACUAACUACAGCAUCCAGGUGCUGGCCUACACCCAGGCUGGGGACGGAGUCCGGAGCAACGUCCUGUACAUCCAAACCCGUGAAGACUACCCUGGACCCCCAGCUGGCAUCAAAGCUGUGCCCUCCUCCGCCAGCAGUGUGGUGGUGUCCUGGUUACCCCCUCACAAGCCCAAUGGAAUCAUCCGCAAGUACACCAUCUACUGCUCCAGCCCCGGGUCAGGCCAACCGCUGCCCAGUGAGUAUGAAGCCAAUCCAGAGCUAUUGUUCUACAGAAUCACCCACCUCAACCACCGGCAGCAGUACCUGAUCUGGGCCGCAGCCGUCACCACGGCAGGCCGGGGAAACUUCAGCGAGAAGGUCACAGUGGAGCCAGCGGCCAAGGCCCCGGCUAAGAUCCUUUCAUUCGGGGGAACCGUGACCACUCCUUGGAUGAAAGAGGUGCGGCUGCCCUGUAGCUCAGUGGGAGAACCAACACCAACCAUAAAGUGGACCAAAGACAGUGAGGACACAGCCAUCCCAGUGUCUCAAGAUGGACAGCGUCUCAUUAUGGCCAAUGGGACACUAGUGCUGCGCUCUGUCAAAGCUGAAGAUUCGGGUUACUACACUGGCACGGCCACUAACACGCUAGGCUUUGACACUAUUAUAGUCAACCUUUUGGUUCAAGUCCCUCCAGACCAGCCUCGUCUUACCGUCUCCACCACCUCCACCUCCUCCAUCACUCUGGCCUGGAUACCAGGAGACAACGGAGGCAGCUCUAUCAGAGGUUUCGUGCUGCAGUACUCUGUGGACAACACAGAGGAGUGGAAAGAUGUGUUCAUCAGCUCCAGUGAGCGCUCCUUCAAACUGGACAACCUGCGCUGUGGCACCUGGUACAAGGUGAAGCUGGCGGCCAAGAACAGUGUCGGAGCCGGACGCAUCAGUGAGAUCAUCGAGGCAAAGACUCACGGACGAGAACCACAGUUCAACAAGGAUCAGCCGGUGUUCACCCACAUCAACUCCAGCCACGCCCGCCUCAACCUGCAGGGCUGGGCCAGUGGAGGCUGUCCAAUCAGCGCUGUCACACUGGAGUUCAGACCCAAAGGAACGUGGUCAUGGCAGAAUGUGCGCACCAAUGCCACCACAGACGUGUUCCUGGCCGAGCUGCGUGAGGCCACCUGGUACGAGUUGAAGAUGAAAGCGUGUAACAGCGCCGGCUGCGGCAACCAGAGCUCCCAGUUUGCAACACUGGACUAUGAUGGCAGCACAAUCCCACCCAUCAAAUCGCCCCUGGAAAAAAACGACGAUGUCAAGAAGCUGUUUUCUAUUGGCUGCCCUGUAAUCCUGGUCACUGUGGGUGUUGCGCUGCUCUUCAUCAUUCGCAGGAAACGCAAGGAAAAGCGGCUGAAGAGACUAAGAGAUGCCAAAAGCCUGGCUGAGAUGCUGAUCAGUAAGAACAACCGCAGCUUUGACACCCCAGUGAAGGGCCCCCCCCAGGGCCCACGGUUGCACAUAGACAUCCCCAGAGUGCAGCUGCUGAUUGAGGACAAAGAAGGCAUCAAGCAGAUCGGUGAGGACAAGGCCACGCUCCCUGUGACAGACACAGAGUUCAACCAAACGAACCCUCAGAGCUUCUGCACGGGCGUGUCCGUCCAUCACCCCGCCCUCAUCCAGAACACCGGCCCUUUGAUCGACAUGUCAGACAUCAGACCAGGAACCAACCCGGUGUCAAGGAAGAGUGUCAAGUCGGCCCACAGCAUCAGGAACCGCUACUCCAGUCAAUGGACUCUGACCAAGUGCCAGUCCUCCACGCCCGCCCGCACUCUCACCUCAGACUGGCGCACAGUUGGCUCCCAGCAUGGCAUCACUGUCACGGAGAGUGACAGCUACAGUGCCAGCCUCUCACAAGACACAGAUAAGGGUCGCAACAGCAUGGUGUCGACAGAGAGCGCCUCCUCAACCUACGAGGAGCUAGCAAGAGCAUACGAGCAUGCCAAGCUGGAGGAACACCUGCAACAUGCCAAAUUCGAGAUCACAGAAUGCUUUAUCUCUGACAGCUCCUCUGACCAGAUGACCACAGGUACCAACGACAACGCAGACAGCAUGACGUCCAUGAGCACGCCAUCAGAGCCUGGUAUCUGCCGUUUCACUGCCUCGCCACCUAAACCACAGGACUAUGACCGUGGCAAGAAUGUAGCAGUGCCCAUUCCACAUCGCGCCAAGAGUGACUACUGCAACCUCCCCCUCUACAUGAAGUCAGAUCCCUUCUUCCGAAAGCAGUCGGAGCAUCAUGACCCAUGUCCAGUGGUCCCACCGCGUGAAGCCUCUAUUCGUGGCCUGGCCCAACGUGCAUACCACACCCAGGGCCGUCAUGUGACUAUGGACUCUGCAAAGCAGCAGGCCUUGACCAUGGGCCACUCUGGCCUGUCCAACCUCACUUCCUCUUCAUCUGGAGGAGCAACAGGAGGUUUUGGUGGAGGCAGUGGGGGGAUGUCUGCUAGCUCUAGCAGCUCCACACUCCCCCAGAGGACUCUCACCAUGCCCGGCUCCUCGGCCUCAGCGGCCCAGAGUGCAGCGGCAGCUGCUGCUGCCACUGCUGCAGCCGCUGGGGCAUCAUCCAGUGGCUGUGGGGCAGUAGGGGCCACAGGAGGGACCCCUGGAGGAGCAUCCUCCUCCAAGAUGGGAGGAUCCAGAGACUCUCUCUUGGAGAGCAGUUCCUCGGGCUUAGGCAGACUACAGAAGCAGAGGGAUGGAGGGGCAGGGGCCUACUCCAAGUCCUACACACUGGUGUAGCCUGCCAUCACCGCGGCCUGUCACUGUAACUCUUUAUAGAAUGCUGGUCAAGCCGGCAGUUGCCUGGAGCUUCUAUGGAGAAGUAGGGUGAGGAACAUACACAUGCACAGCUGACCCGUCAGUGCCUGCGCUGUGCCAGGCUGCAGGGGGCUGGUUGGGCUCCCAUCGACACUACUGUAUGAAGGGGUCAGAGUUGGCUCUCCACAGCACAGGGGUUUGCCUUUCUUUCUGCCUGAUUGCUUUCUAUUAUUAUUGUCAUCUUUCUCUCUUCUUAUUUCAUCACCCCGGAAAUCACUUGCCAAAACAUUAAUGAUUUUAUUCAUUCACUUCAUAUUUUCAUUUUCUGGUAAGGACACUGUACUUAUGCACAAAAUGCUUUCACCGUGCACUGUCUUGUCUUCUGCAUCAAGACAGUCGUAGAAUGAACUAGCUUGCUUGAGUUUCACACAGACGAGUGUUAAGAUUUUUAGGGUUUUUAACGAUGUUACUUUUCUGGUCUCUGAUGGAAGAAGAGCUCUUAUCAGCAUGGGGGAUGCUUUUACAGUAUGCAUAGACCACCAGGCUUGGGAUGCACUGGCUCUGAGAGGUUGCUCCAGCAUGGAUUCAUACAUUAAAGGCAGUGGAAUGACUGUGGUCUCAAUACCAGUUUUGAGACAAGGGGGGGAUUUUUCUUAUACAUGCAAUGGAUGACACAGCUUAUUGGUCUUAAUUGAUGCUAUAAACAGAGCUGAUUAAAAAUGUCAAGCUUCGUCAAAUGAAAGAAGAAUCCAAACUUUUUGGGGGGUCUUCUGUUUAUUUUUCUGAUGACAGAAAUAUAAUCUUGUGCACUAAGAAAAAGUCAGAAUGGAUCCCAGUAACAAACCUUCACAAGCCUGCGAGUGUGUGCGUGUGCGUGUGGGUGUAUAUGUGUAAAUAUAUAUAUGUAUACAUGUGGCAGGCACACACCAACAGUUUUUAUUAAGAUCAAUCUGUAUGCUGACCUCUUUACACCUGUGUCAAAAGGGAAAAGACCCCCACACAUUGUUCAUUUUGUACCCAUGAUAGGGGAUUCGGGGACAGUAACGAUGAUGCUUACGACAUGAUCCUAAUUUGGUCCAGCAUUUCGACCUAUGUUUUGCCACGUGUGAUUGACGGCAUCACACAGGAAGUGGGGAAUACUGAGGAGGAGGUUGCUCGAAAAACUAGCAAGUCCAGAUGAUAAGGAAGAGUUUGCUUUCUCAGCGAAGAGAGACCCUCUUACGAUUCAUCGCGGUGCCACAAUACCAUUAUCAUUUCAACUCAUUUUCCCCUUUACCCAUUUAAUCCCUUUCUAUCCAUCCCCAUCUUCGCUCCCCCCCCCCCCCCCCAUCAUAUCCAUACAGUGUCACUGUGACCUUCUGCUAGCAUACAGGCUAGUUGAAAAGGCCGACCGAGAGAAGAGGUCCAUUAUGCACAGAAACAAGGCAGAAAUGCUGUUUGACGUUCAAUGACAACUUGAAUGGGGAAGUACAGCAACAUUUAUAGAGAUGUAUACAAGAAAAAUCAUAUUUGUAUGAAGUGAUCUGGAAUUUAUGAACGGACAGUGACUCUGAGAUUAUAGACAGGCAUAUAUUAAGUGUUAAUAGAAUUGCAGUUGUGUUGGGGAAAUGGGGAGGGGGGGGGUUACAAGGCAGAGAGACACCAUUUUUCUUCAAGACUAAAAGACGAGUUUUCAAGUCCCUCCACCUCACUGAAAUUGAUUUUGAGCUUUAUGAAUGGUACUGUAACCGUUUUCAUUUUUCCCAUUUCUUCUCCCAAAGCUUAAUCCCAUAACAAGGAUCGUUCCAAAAAAAUAAAAUAGAGUUGCUCCAAGUGUUUUGCCAUGGUAAAAAAGUAACAUCAGGGCUCUCGCAAUAGAAAAAAUAAAAAGAUAUGAUAUAUGUUUGUUUUCAAAAGUAUGUACAUAUAUAUUUCUAUUCAAAUAUAUAGCAAAUAUAUGAAUAAUGAAAAAAAAGCAGAGAAAUAUAGAAACCGUUCUAAUUGAAAAUAUAUAUAAAAGAUCACAAGACAAUCGCUCCGAGUGAAAAACUGCAAGUCGGAAGGAAGGAAGGAAGGAAGGAAGGAAGGAAGAGGGAAGCUUAAACGGGUAGCACAACCACAGACAGGAGAUCUUGGAGAGAGAGAGAGAAAGGGGAAACGGUGUGAAAGAAGGUGAAAUGGUAAAACUGAGGUUUGAGGAAUGGUACAAUGCCCCUUGUGAUUUUGUAAAUGUUCCAGCUGCGGCUCCCGUGCGGCAGCUGAGAGAACAAGCACAGUGAAAGUCGAGUUAUAGUGUGAGAUUGUGUCGCUGGUUAACUGUGGUCUACGGCUCAGUGCAGAAAGUGUGGUGUUGAAAAAGAAAAACAGUCAAACAAGGACAGCCUAUACAGUGAGUGAGCCUGUUGUACUAUGUUGUAUUGUACCUUCCAAAGGUGUGUUCACAAACGCAAUGCCAUUAUCUGAGUAUGAGUUCACACACAGACCCGGCAAGUAUUUCUGUUUCUUACCUGUGUCAUAGCGAGUCCUGCCCGGGACCGCAGCCCAUUCAACACACCACACAGUCAAACUGCUCAUACAUGUAUUCACGUUCCCUUUGAUUUUAAAUCAAGACAGGAGAGAAAUGAGCUUUGCUUCCCAUUGCAGAUGGUUGUUUCACUUCUACAUUUUGGCCUUUACGUUUCAAGUUAUGCAAAGACUUGUUUGGGGGGAACGGGACAGGCCUGUUUUUAGCAACCAGAAAACACAGGCCCCUUACUCUGGUCGUAUGGAUAUUGGAUGGAGUGAUGAAACAAACUGCCCACCCUGCUUUCCCAGUGAAGUUGUCUGGCGUAUAAACACUGAUCCACCGUCAGUUUGUACAAAGUAAAUGUAAUGUCAAUCUUGAAGGAAAUUUCCACCCUGAUACUUUUAUACUGAUUCAAUCAAUGUGAUCCAGAAAGUACUCUCAAGAUUAUCAUUUUUCGGAGUAAUAUAUAUUUUGUUGUAUUCUAGUACUUGAAUACUGUAUUGAUUUAGGCCUUUGAAAAAUCCUGGACUUGUAUAAUGGCCUUCACUAAACUAGAUUAUAAUAGUUCUUCAGUGAAAAUAAGUAAAUAAUAGAUGUCGGCCUAUUUUGGUUUAACUUACAAAUAUAUGCUGCUAUAAAUAAUAAUCUAUUAUUGUAUAAAAAUCUAAAAUAUAAUAGUUGAUUUCAAAGCAAAAAACAUUCUAUAUUCUAACGACAGUUCUGAACACACUGUAAUUAAACAUGAAGUAUUUAUUUAUUUGACAAUGUAGGUACGUUUUUUGCAAUUCCUAUAGAAGAAAA